CUGUCGUUCUUCUGGCGGGGCCCAGACGGCGACUUAGCGAUGCUCUGUCCCCUGGGCGUCCGGGCAGCCGCCAUGGUCUCGGCGCGUGCUGCCGAGGUGGCGGGGGGGCCCGCGGCCCUGGCCAGCGCGCGGCAUUUGCGCUUCCUGCGUGCAGCCCUUGCGCUCAGCAGCGGGUCUGCGAUGUCGGUCUUGGAGGGGGAUCGCCAGGGCGACCUGGGCAAGCUCAUAGAAUCUGCCGGCCUCGGCGAGCUCGCACCUCACACUCACCCCUCGUGCAAGCUGCUCAAGGCGUUUGCGGACUGGGUGGGCUGUGGCCUCCAUCCAUGGUUCUCUUGGUCCGGCUGUCUGCGCGGCCGCAUCCUGGCCGCGUCGGUACUGAACCACGUCGAGAGCGUCGCGCGGUUGGCGGCGGACGCGGCCAGCCUGGCGGCGCAAGCAGAGAAGCGCGCCAUUGCCUAUGACCAGUUGUUCAGGAGCACCGCUUGGACUGCGGCCAUGCGCAAGGCCGACCCGCAGGCCUCUACGGCAGCCAUGCGCGGUGACAAAGAAGACCCA